AUGUCGGUAACAACAGCAGUAGCCCCUGUGGGCUCUCUUCUGGUGCCGUUUCUCUUCGGCUAUGCUGCACAAUCUGGGAUGCGUUAUGGAAAGGAAAUAUACAACAGCGAUGUUAUGUCGGAGGGCGGCGCAAAAGACAUAUGUGAAAUUUUGGGCGCCUGUGAGGGACUCGUUUCUAUUACCGGCAGGUUAACGGGGUAUUCCAUAAUUUUCGGCAGUGGCGCUCUUGUGGGGAAAACGAUACAUUACUUUGCAAGUAGUAAUAAUAGGGAAUCGUUGGCAGAACAGUUUGACCAUUGGAAUACGUCUACCACUGUGAGAGAUGGAAUUGUUAAUAAACGCGAUGAGAAUGGUGACACGGCUUUGCACAUUGCAGUGAAGAGGAACGAUUUAAAGAUGACUAAACUGCUACUAGAUUGGGGAGCAAAUGAGUUGUCGAAGAAUAACGAGGGUAACAAACCGUUCGACUUGGCAGGGAAAGAAUCGAUGAGUAAGUUAUUGGAAAUGCAUAAAGCAAGUGUUAAAGCUGAGGGUUCCUGGGUAGAGAAGCACGGAACUUGGCAAGCUGUGGCGUGCCCGAGUAUUGGAAAUGAUGUGAAAUUGCGCGGUGAAAUUGAGAACAACUUGGGUUGGUCGAAAGAGGCGACACGCGUGGUGGCCGAACUGGUACAGUCCUGGUGGAGGCUCCUGAGAAGGAUAUCUGUGAAAGCUCAGAGGCUCAAUGCGCAUUUACCAGAUGUUGAUCCUGAGGUUGCUGGUAUCAUUGAAAAAGAGCGAUCCCGUCAAAAGAAGAACCUAGUUUUGAUCGCUUCUGAAAACUUCACCAGUCAAGCGGUGCUUGAUGCUAUUGGCUCUAUCAUGACGAACAAAUAUUCAGAGGGGUAUCCUAAUGCUCGCUAUUAUGGUGGAAAUGAGUACAUUGAUCAGAUGGAGAAUCUUUGCAGACAGAGAGCGUUUGAAGCAUUUCGGCUGAAUCCUGAGCAGUGGGGAGUUAACGUGCAACCUCUGUCGGGGUCGCCCGCGAAUUUCCAAGUAUACACAGCUUUGAUGGAGCCACAUGAUAGGCUGAUGGCAUUGGACUUGCCGCAUGGGGGCCACCUCUCGCAUGGUUAUCAGACUGAUACUAAAAAAGUCUCAAUGGUUUCCAAGUUCUGGACGUCGAUGCCCUACAGGCUCGAUGAGAACACUGGAGUGAUAGACUAUGAGCAACUGGAGUUGUUGGCAACACGGUUUCGGCCUAAGAUUCUUAUCACGGGUUAUUCUGCUUAUCCCCGUUACCCCGAUUUCAAACGCUUCCGUGAGAUCGCCGACAAGUCAGGUUCGAUCCUCAUGUGCGACAUGGCGCAUAUUUCUGGACUUGUUGCGGCAGGGGUGAGAACUGANNNNGCUAAACCACAAUGGAAUGGCUAG